GGGGCGCGGACGGGAUAGGAAGGGGCUCAGCGGGUGCGCGGGAAAGUGGGAGCCCUCGUGUUUUCCCGACUGCUGGCCCACCUGGCCGAAGCGAGGAGAGAAUUCCGAGGGCCGGGCUUGGGUUGGGUGGCGCUGGAUUCCCAUCUUGGGCGUCCCCAGGCCCCUUCCCCCACAAGCACACAUCAAAAAUAAGCUUUGGCCGUUCGCAUAGAUUGGAUGAGGGCCUUUGUGAACUGAAGAACCAGAAAGGAAAAACUGCACACAGUGUCCUUAAAGCUUGAGGCAACCUUGGGAUUCUGGCCUAGUGCUGACUUCUUGUGUGAGUCUGGAGAUUAGGAAGUGGCUGCCUGAAGUAUUUUCCAAAGAAUAAACAUUACAAAGCAUUGAAUACCGAAGUUCACAAGAAGAUCCUAUUGAUUUGGGGGAACACAACGUCCAGCAGCCACAAGGGAUGCUGCCCCUCAGGUGCCAUCUGAAACGAGCUCCUCCUCAGAAGAUUUUGUGUAGGUUCUGUGCCAUGAUGGGGAAACUGCAAAGCAAACUCAAACACAGCACUUAUAAAUACAGCAGGCCCGAUGCAAUUAUAGAAGAGAGAAUUCAAACUACAGCUUUUCAUGAGUAUAGCCCCGCUCACGUGGACACCGUCUCUGUUGUUGCUGCUCUGAACUCAGACCUCUGUGUCUCCGGAGGAAAAGAUAAGACAGUUGUGGCCUAUAACUGGAAAACCGGAAAUGUGGUGAAAAGGUUCAGAGGACAUGAACAUGACAUCACCAAGAUAGCCUGUCUUCACAAAUCAAACCAGUUCUUCAGCGCCUCUCGGGACAGGAUGGUCAUGAUGUGGGACUUGCACGGCUCCUCACAACCCAGGCAGCAGUUCUCGGGCCAUGCCAUGGUGGUCACUGGAUUAGCUGUGAGUCCUGACUCAACACAGCUGUGCACUGGCUCUCGGGACAACACCCUAGUCCUGUGGGAUGUGGGGACCGGACAGUGUGUGGAGAGAGCUUCGGUCUCCAGGAACCUGGUCACUCACCUGUGUUGGGUCCCCAGAGAACCAUAUGUACUACAGGCUUCUGAAGAUAAAACCAUCAGAUUAUGGGACAGUCGGGGGCUCCAGGUGGCUCAUAUAUUCCCUGCAAAGCAACACAUUCAGACCUACUGCGAGGUCAGUGAGGACGGACACAGGUGUCUCUCCUGCAGCAGUGGCUUUGGAGGAGAAGGCUGUGAAGCCACGUUGUGGGACCUAAGACAGACGCGGGACAGAAUCUGUGAGUAUAAGGGGCAUUUCCAGACGGUGGCAUCCUGUGUCUUUCUACCGAGAGCAUUGGCCUUGAUGCCUGUAAUCGCUACCUCAUCACAUGACUGCAAGGUGAAGAUUUGGAACCAAGAUACUGGCGUGGCUGGUUUCCCACUUCCUCCCCCCAGCCUGCCUGUUCACCUUGUCUUUGGAUGGAUCAGGACCUUUGACCUCCCUGGCCGUUGGCGACACCAUCUCCUUAUUAUGUGCAAGUUUCCGCAGAGGAAUUCACUUGCUCAGAGUGGACCACAGCUCAGGGCUGGAACUGCGGGAAGUGGCAGUAUUCUGAGGCCAAGAGACGUUUGCUGGACAAAAUCAAGCCAUGGCCUCUCCUUUCCCAGUAUGGCUUUGUUUUCCCAUGUUAUCUUCAGGGGAUGGCAAUGUGCGGUUGGUGUUCUUUGUUUAGGUUCACUUGUCUUAGAAGGUAUAUCAGUGUUAGAAGUCAAUGUGAAGCCAGUGGUUCAAAAUCAGGUACAGAGUUUAGAGACAUGGGUUAAACAUAAGGUUCUCAAUCUACGUUAAAUCCAGAUGCAAGUUUUAGCGAGCUCUUGGAACUGCUCUUCAGAAAAAAUAUUUAUGGCUCAAAUGGUGACCUGUUAGGCCUCUGUCAUAGGCCUCUGUGAAAUUCAAGACACACACUCUGAGUCUGUUGAACUGACUUGUUCCAUGUCUCCACAAAAGAAAGAAAAGCAAGGGGGAGAGACACUCUGCUUUGCUUGCCUCAAACUUAUCCACACGGGAAAGAACAGUGCAGCUCCAUAGAGGAAGUAGACUGCAGACAUGAGAUUCAGCUCCAGGCACUGCUCCUCGGCAAUGUGAAGAAGCAAAGUGAGGGCAAGAAAGCAAAAACCUUGGCUUCUACUCAAAAUAGUAGAAGAGAGGGUGGCAGAUCCCUGCCAGAUCAGCACGGAGGUUACAUGAAAAUCAGACCCGAGAUGGCUUGAAGAGGCCGACAACCCCAAGGACCUUGUCAGAAUUGUAGGAGUUAUCAAACUGCGUCUGUGGAUAAGAAAAUGGAGAGGUUGCGAGAUUAAUGCUGAAAAAUUUUUAUUUGUACAUUUUAAUAUAUUUAUUGUUUUAUGUAAACUCUUUCCAGGGAAUGGCCAGAGUGAGGCAAAGGGAAUAUCUGCAAUGACAAUAGGACAUAUAGGAAAAAGUAGAGGCAUGGACUCAACCGUGUGCUCCCACUGAGCCCUGCAGCGAGGAAGGGCAGGGUGCUCAGAUCUGCCUGUGUGGCCCCAGGAGAUCAGUCUCACCUGGUACUCACAAGCCCACUUUCCUCCAGGGAAAAUAGAGUCCCUCCUGCCUUCAGGUAAGCCCACGCCUGAGGCACCUGCCACCGGGGGAUUCCCUUUCUGACGAAAGAAAGAUUGUGCAUUUGUCUCUGUGGCCCCUGCCAGCCCCUGAUGCCCGUGGCUGACAGCCAUCUUCCUGUCUCCCUCCUGCUCCUCUGUAAGUCCAGCUCCCUCAAGCUGUCCCCACUGCCUGGGCAGGAGAAUCUUAAGCUCCUGCAAAGCGUCAAAUCUGAGUUUGACUCUCCAGUUCUCCAUUUAGCUGGAUCUUGGGCAAGUUAUGAAAUCCUCACUUGUUAUAUGGGGCCAUAAUCAUGGGUUCCUCACGUGGCUGUUCUGAGGACUGAAUAGAACUAUAUUAAUGCCAAGCAAGGUACCAGGUGCUUAUAAAUGGUAGCCAUUGGUAUUUAUUGCCCUCUGUCCAGACCAAAUGCUCUUUUCCACACAUUUACCAGUCAUCUAUCCUCCAUAGAUCUUAUUUUCUAAGACUUUAGCCAUUGUUCAGCUUCCCCUUUGAUUCCUUAAGUUAUGGCCCUUGGCACUCUGGAAACACAAAGGGAUAGUGAGCACGGAAACUGCUCUAUUGAGCACCUAAAGAUUUAUUCUCACCUUCUUUAAAAAAAAAAAAAAAAGAUUUAUUCUCACUCUGAUUCUUAUUGUUAUCCCCAUUUCACAGAUGAGGACGCUGAGG